AUGGUGAUGCACUUAUGCGUGAUUAUUCUUGGUGUACUGUUUGGCAUUUCCAACGGUCAUGGUUGGGGUAUGGGAUGGGACAUGAUGUACGGACAUAACGGGCCAUUUUACAAUGGUCUGCCAAUGCCCACUAUGGGAUUGCACGGGGGACAGUGGAAUGAGUUCGCUCCCGGCAUCCCUCCUCUUCCCCACAAUCUGUACAACCCUGAGCAAGGUAAAGGCUCCAGCUUCAGCAACACAGAGACAACGGAACGAAAGAAGCUGAGUUCGAAACUUACCGUUUACGGUGACAACAAUAAGCAAAAGAAUUCCGUUAGUGACAAAUUCAUCUUCGCCAAAACUAAGUACGGAUCCGAUUACAGUGGUAAACGUGGCGAAAAAUACCACUCUGGCAAGUCAAAGUAUGGGGACAAGAAGGAAAAAAGUAAUAAAUCAGAUGAGUCCCAAAAGACUGAAGAAGAUUACGACGGUGCGAGCUAUGCACAUAGAGAAGUGGGAUACAAUCCAAGUCAUGUUUAUGGUCCUGGUUAUGGACAUUUCGGACCUCAGGCAUACGAAAAAUACAGAAUGAUCAAUAAUUACAACCGAAAUAUCGACACAUACGGCUACGACAGGGAUGGAUAUGGUUUCGACUACCAUGCUUGGGGCACGCCCCGAUUUAAUUUACCCUUUGAAUGGCAUAGAUGGUAG